UAUGAUGUUUGAGUAGUUUAGAUCUCAAUAUUUCCACAGUAUUAUGCUCUCAAGCUUGACAUUGCGGUUCUAACUUCUAAUCUCUAAUUUCUUCUAAUUUCUUAGUUCAUUGUGCGGUGGUGCCUAACAUCAUUCUUUAACCUGAAAAAUUCCAUUUUCAGGCGGCCAUGAAAGAGUUUUUUACAAUCUCCACUCUCCAGUGGCUCCUCCCCAUUCUGUGAAGCUACACUUUUCAAGAACUGCAAAAAUUCUUUCCCCUCCUUCCUAAAUAUGCUCCCCUUUCUCCCACUAAGCCUCAGUGUCUUCAAUUCUCGACAAAAUUUCGUUUUCCAGUGAACCAACAAAACCGGUACCCAUGAGAAGCAAAAAUCUUAGUUUGGUGCCACUGUUCUUCUCUCUCAUACACCUCUCCACAGCUUUCAUUCCUCAAGAUAAUUACCUCAUCAACUGCGGAUCAAACAGGAGCAUCAGCGUGGAUAACAGAAGCUUUCUUGGCGAUUCCAUCAAGUCUGGUUCAGUUCAUCUCUCCCAAGGCGAAGCAAUUUCGCUCAAACCCCAAAGAACUGGUUCCAAUUUGUCUUUGGUGUACAGUACAGCCAGAGUUUUCACUGCUGCCUCGGCAUAUUCGUUGAAUAUCAAGAAAUUAGGGACCCAUUUGGUUCGUUUGCAUUUCUCCCCUUUCGUUUCCCAGAAUUUCAACCUCCACGACGCGAAUUUCAGUGUUUCCGCUAAUGGGGUUUUGCUGUUCAAGAAUUUUGGUUUUGGUGUUGGUGUUGGGUCCAAUGUUCUUAAGGAGUUUAUAAUGAUGGUGGACAAGGUACAGCUUCAAAUCUUGUUUACACCCACUCUUGAUUCUGGGUUUGGGUUUGUUAAUGCGAUUGAAGUGUUUUCUGCUCCUGAUGAUUUCAUUAUUGAUCCUGGGAUUAAACUGAUUAGCCCUAGCCCUGUUAGUGUUAAGGAGUUCAAUCAGAAUCUCACUUUGCAGACUUUAGAAACUGUGCAUAGGGUUAAUGUUGGGGGGGCAAAGAUUACACCUUUUAAUGAUACCCUGUGGAGAACUUGGGUUCCAGAUGAAGAUUUUCUUGUCUUGAAAUCUGCUGCUAAGCUUGCUUGGAUUAGUCAUGUCCCCAAUUACCAAACAGGUGGUGCCACCAAAGAGAUUGCCCCUGAUAAUGUUUACAUGACUGCCCAGCAGAUGAACUGGGAAAAAGCGACUUCGAAUUUCAUGUUUAAUGUAACAUGGAGCUUCCCCGUGGGAUCCCGGGAUAGUGUACACGUUGUUCGGUUGCAUUUCUGCGAUAUCGUGAGCUCUGCUCCUAGCCUUUUGUACUUCAAUGUUUAUAUCAAUGGAGUAAUGGCGUAUAAAGAUCUUGAUUUGUCUGCACUCACGUUUCACGUUCUGGCGUCGCCUUACUACAUUGAUUUCGUUGUCUACACGGGGGAUAGCGGGGUUUUGCAGAUCAGCGUUGGUCCGUCUGAUAUGAGUAGUGUUUGGAAGAAGAACGCUAUUCUUAACGGGGUGGAGGUUAUGAAGAUGUUGAAUGUUGUGGCUUUGCGAGAUGGGUCUAAGAAGAGAAAUGUUUGGGUUUUGGUUGUUUCGAUUCUUGGUGGAGUGGCUUUGGUGAGCUUGGGAUUGUUGGCUAUGUUAGUGUUGUUGAAAUGUAGAAAAAAGAAACCAAAACCGAAGCGCACGGAGAGUGCUGGCUGGACUCCUUUACGCCAAUAUGGAGGAAGUUCCCUUGGCACGUUGUCUGAAGGGACUGGCCUCGUUCCUCUCGGCCCGAAUGGGUAUCUCGCGAUGAGGAUUCCAUUUGCAGAUAUUCAAGUGGCAACGAGUAAUUUCGAUAAGAGUCUGAUUAUUGGUUCGGGGGGGUUCGGGAUGGUUUACAAGGGAGUUCUUAAAGACAACAUAAAGGUUGCGGUUAAACGGUGUGUGCCCGGUUCCAGGCAAGGCCUCCCCGAAUUCCACACAGAAAUCUCGAUUCUUUCCAAAAUUCGCCACCGCCAUCUCGUUUCCCUUGUUGGGUAUUGCGAGGAGCAGUCCGAGAUGAUUCUCGUUUACGAGUAUGUGGAAAACGGACCUCUAAAGAAGCACUUGUAUGGGGGCCGGUUACCCCCGUUGUCUUGGAAGCAAAGGCUCGAGGUGUGCAUAGGAGCAGCAAGAGGCCUCCACUACCUCCACACGGGUUUCGCACAAGGGAUCAUCCACCGGGACAUUAAAUCGACCAAUAUUUUGCUCGACGAAAACUACGUUGCUAAGGUUGCUGAUUUCGGUCUCUCGAGGUCCGGCCCCUGUCUCGACGAGACACACGUCAGCACUGGUGUCAAAGGAAGCUUCGGGUACCUCGACCCCGAGUAUUUCCGGAGACAGCAGCUUACUGAUAAAUCAGACGUUUACUCAUUCGGGGUCGUGCUUUUCGAAGUGCUAUGUGCAAGGCCCGCUGUUGACCCCGUGCUCGAGAGGGAGCAAGUGAAUUUGGGGGAAUGGGCAUUGCAGUGGCAGAAACGAGGGCAGAUAGAUCAAAUCGUUGAUCCAAACAUACGAGACCAGAUAAAACCGAGUGCCCUGAAAAAAUACGGCGAGACAGCAGAGAAAUGCCUGGCUGACUAUGGCGUCGAUAGGCCUACAAUGGGAGACGUGCUGUGGAACUUGGAAUACGUGCUUCAGCUUCAAGGGAACGGAGGGCGGGGUGAACCCGACGAUGAAGUCAAUCCCGCAACUUCUACCGAGCAACCACCACCCCCGAGAGCCAUCUUAGCAGAUAAUGGUAAUGCUGUUUCAGAUAUAUCGACCAGCCAAGUAUUUUCCCAGUUAAUUACGAACGAUGGCAGGUAGACUAUUGUUUUCGAGCUUCAAAAACCGAGUCAUUUGGUUACCAAAUCACAACCAAUCCGAUUUCUCGAGGUAUUUUAGCUGCAUAAUUUGCUUUCUGCUACACAAUUUCUAAUAGUAUAUUGUUCUGUUGUUUAGGGCAAUUUAUGCUUUGUUCUUAUGAGAGAUAUAGUAUAUGCUUGUAUUGUUAUAUAGAUUUUUCUGUAAUGGUAUGGACUUAGAAGUAUAUGUAUACUCAGCUUUACAAGUUCUUUUGACCUUCUAUUUAACAAAAUAAAAGACUUUGCUAA